UGAUAUUUCAAAUUGUGUUGUGAUCAAAGUCAAUGACGAGGAAACGAAACAAGAUUAUCUAGCUGCUUAUAUAAGCACAACAAAUCGCUCGUUAGAAUCACAUGUGAAACAAUAUUGUCAAUCACACCUUGCUACCUACAUGGUGCCAUCCAUAUUUAUCCUUUUAGAUCAGUUGCCUCUGAAUGAAAAUAGAAAAAUUGAUCGAAAACUACUUCCGAAACCAAAUUUCUCACUCGUACAAGAACAAGAAGAAUUUAUCGAGCCUACAACAGACGAAGAAGUCGAAAUUCACCGCCUAUGGUGUGAAACCUUAGGUUUACAUAAAAUAUCAUUAACACAAAGCUUCUUUUCAAUUGGUGGUACUUCAUUGUUGCUCAUACGAUUGUUUAAUCGUUAUCAAGCGCAAUUCUAUUUGAAUAAUCGAAAUGUGAACGUUUCUGUUUUAUUUCAACAGCCAACAAUUCGGCAACACGCACAAUGCUUAUUAGAAAAUAAAAUAAAUCUACUAGAUGAACAUGAUCCAAUUGUUAUAGCAUCAAAAAAACAAAAGCAACAAUGGACUCGAACAGAUGCCACUGAAGAUAAGUAUAUCUAG